UCAGCGAGGGGUCCGUCCUCCUCUGUCACUGUCUCUUUUGCCUGUUGUAAUUCUGUCUGCCUCUGACUUGGCCUGUGUCUGUGCCUCUCCUCACUUGCUCUUAGUGCCGGAGUCACAGUCCCUCAUCUUUCCGCCUUCUUCUCUCUUCACUGGUCUUUGCUUUUCUCUCGCGACUAACGCUGCUCCUAAGUCUUCCUCCACUUCCAGGCUGCUGCCUCUUUCAGAAUCUGCAGGCUUCUCUCUCAUUGCUGGGGUCUGUUGGUCUGGUCAGGAGGGCCUUGGGUCCUGCGGCUCUGGGUGGCCUGGUGCCAAAGGAGGGAGGAGCCCAUGGGGGCGGGAUUGGCCCUAAAGCCACCUCAUAAAGACUGAGACUGCACGAGGCAUUCUGGAGGAGUCCUGGAGGGGCUGUUUGUUAAGACUGGCAGACCCCAGGAGCUCAGCUGGGGCUCUGCAGUGUCAUGCCCUGGAGUCCCCUGGCUGUGCUGAGCUGGGCGCUGGUGCUGCGGCUGCUGGCGUUGCUGCGGCUACCCGGGCUGGGUGAGGCGUGCAGCUGCGCGCCUGCGCACCCCCAGCAGCACGUCUGCCACUCAGCUCUAGUAAUCCGGGCCAAAAUAUCCAGUGAGAAGGUAGUUCCUGCCAGUGAAGACCCUGCUGACACUCAAAAAAUGAUCCGGUAUGAAAUCAAACAGAUAAAGAUGUUUAAAGGGUUCGAGAAGGCCAAGGAUGUUCAGUAUGUCUACACACCGUUUGACUCUUCUCUCUGUGGUGUGAAACUAGAAACCAAUAGCCAGAAGCAGUAUCUUUUGACUGGCCAGAUUCUUGGUGAUGGAAAAGUCUUCAUCCAUCUGUGCAACUACAUUGAACCCUGGGAGGACCUGUCUCUGGUGCAGAGGGAGAGCCUAAAUCAUCACUAUCACCAGAACUGUGGCUGCCAAAUCACCACUUGCUAUGCGGUGCCUUGUACCAUCUCAGCCCCCAAUGAGUGUCUCUGGACAGACUGGCUGCUGGAACGGAAGCUCUAUGGGUACCAGGCCCAGCAUUAUGUCUGCAUGAAGCACGUUGAUGGCAUCUGUAGCUGGUACCGGGGCCACCUACACCUCCGGAAGGAGUAUGCUGACAUCAUCCAGCCCUAGUAGGGACCAGUGACCAUAUCCUUCAAAGAGUUCUGAAGACCGAGCCAGUGGCUCUCUGACUACUACCGCCUGCCAUGCUGCUGCCAGACAAUGAGAAGUGACAAGUGGAUGGCCUGGCCAGCAAAAUGGAGGCUGUGGAGCAUGUGACAGCUUAUGUCGCAUCUCCAGCUCACAGCUUGUCAAGGGCUGGGAAGGUAGUGUGAUUUAUCUGCCUUGCCCUCAGCCCCUCUCCCCUGUCUCCCAAACCUUGUUAGUCUAGUUUCCACCGAUUACUGAAAGUUUUUAUUCUGGCUCUGUUUAACUGGCUUUUCUUAACUCAUGAUAAAGGAGAAGCUGUGAUUGUCAUGAAAUGGCACAAACUUGCGAUGUGCGCUAUGGAUGGUGGGCUGACUGUAUCCCGAGUGGGCUGGAUGCCAAAAAGACUGCAGUAAAGCUCCAUAUCCUCUA